AUGGCACAUACGGCACCGUGUUGUUGCUGUUUUUCCAAUGAUGUUCGACACUUGAUACUAUGGUUAACAGUUAUCUGUUCGACAAUUCUUUUCGCCAACUUAACACUGUUCAAUGUGAUCGUCAUCGGUGAUAUGAAUGAUUUUGGGCGGUGGAGUCAAAUGGUAGAACAUUCCAGCUCUGAAAAAUGCUUUGCAGUUUUAGUCAUGGACUUUGGGGAUAUUAUAAUACUGAUAACUAUGAAGAGUAUCCUUUCAGAUAUUGCAUUUUCGACACAGAGCCGAACACAUAUUUUUUCUAAUUAUUCUACUUAUGGAUCUCUUCGCAAACCUCGAAAAAUAGUGAAUGAAGAAGAAGCACUGGGUACUACUGUCCCGGUGGUAUCUGGAACAGACUUAGGUAGCACGAACAAAUCAUUCGUUGAAAAUGUGACUGAUCUAGAACAAAGCUUUCUUGCACUAGAUAAUUCAGAUGGACACCCAUUAGUUCCUGAGGAAGAAACAACUCAUGUAAUUUCAACAACUUCUUCAAGUACAACUGUACCUAAAACGAUAAUUUUAACUCGCCCUUCAGUUUCCUCAGAUGUAAAUCCGGCUCCAACAGUUGAUAUUUUUACGAGUUCUUCCGAACCAGUUAUAGCAAAAGAUCCGACUGUGAAAAUAUCUGAUUUUGACGAUAAAGAUGCCUCGAAAGUCUCAGGAAAAUUAGACGACAGAGCGAAGGGAGACACUGCAGCAGGGGAUCGAGUAGAACUCGUUGAAAACAAACUUCCCGAGGUUGCGGCUUCUUUGAUGGAAAAGUUAAUGCCUUUGUUCAUUUGGGUCGCCCCUGGCUUUGGUAUGUUUUUUGGGACUUUAAUUUCCAUAUGGUUGUCGAAGCCUGUUGGAGUGAAGAAGGUGUUUGCUGUCGCAUUAUUUAUUUGUUCAUUGGCUACCAUUUCUUUGGGUUUUACUCUACUGGCGAAGAGAAGUAUUUUCGUCUGUAGUGCGAUCCGAUUUUUGCAAGGGUUAUGUUGUGGAAGCGUUUUACCUGUAGUCGGUAUUAUGACUGCCAAUUGGGCGACAUUAAAGGAGCAAUUUUUUUUCAUCAUUUGGAGUCACUUAUUUGUUCAGCUAAUGCCCAUGAUCAGUUGGCCUUUGUGCAUUUGGUUGAUUAACAAGGAAUUUAUGGCACCGUUUCUUUUGCAUUCCGCGGCAGCUGCAUUUCUUGGUUUUCUAUGGAUGCUGUUUUACCGAGAUCGGCCACAGUACCAUCCUUGGGUCAACGGGCUGGAAUUAAAUAAAAUUGUCACCGGGAAGAUUAAGGCUUUUGAGAAUCGUUCAUUGAAAAAGAAUACUUUUUCACUGCUUGUUUCUUCCCUCUCUGUCUGGGCAAUUUGGACUUCUUUCUUCUGUUAUUUCCUAGUUGUUGCUUUGCUUUUCCAGUAUCUGCCGAUAUACUAUCACUACGUGUUAAAAUUUCAGUAUCCGACCUGGAAUGUUUCGUUACCAUUUGUUCCUAUGCUGAUAUUCACUUUCCUCUAUCCAAUUUGGCUUCGCUUGUCAAAAAUUUGCCGUGAUAGUGUCUCUGUGGGAUUCUUCAAUACUGUAUCCUUUAUCCUUUCUGCAGCAGGUUUUGUCUUUAUUGCGCUUUCACCUCAAGGUUCUUCUGCUAGUGCGAUUGCCCUCGUAAUCAUACUACUUGCGUUGGUAUUUUCUUUUUACGGGUUUUGUCGAAGUGCUGUUUUCGUUGGACGUUACUAUACACAGUAUAUUAUUGCCUAUUCAGAAAUAGGCCUUGCUGUAGCCUUCGUUUUUGUAUCUGUUCUGGUUUAUUUCUUUGACAACCCGGGAAGUGCAAAUGAAUGGCGCAUUAUAUUCAUAACGGUAUCAGCGAUUCAACUUGCUGGUGCUGCAGUAUUUUUAAUCAUUGGAAGUUCGCAACCUGAAGAGUGGUCAAAAGAUAGUUGGGACCCAUCAGCGGGUAGGCGGCUGAUUAAUGUAGAUCAGAUUGAUUACCACAGUGAAGAAUGCGGUUUCUUGGAGAUGAAAUUUUCGGGUAGUGGCACUUGUAAGAAUGUUGCAAGAAUGAAUCAAAGGGAAGACUCGAAUAAAAGGAUGUCGAAGAUUGAGUGGGAGGGAAGAUACUUUUCAUUUCCAGUAGGCUCUGGACUAGCUAGACCUGGUGGAGUUUUGGAACAUUUAAUUUGGAAGGCAGUUUCCCUGGAUUACCUCAACAUGCAUUGA